AUGUGGGGAGUACUUCUCACGUUGUUCUUGGUGGCAUUAGCGCCGUCCUUGCAGUUCCCAUUUAUUGCGGCCUUUGCCGUGCAGGACGCCGCGGCGACGAAUUCUUCUGCCACUGGCGACCAUUUGCCUGGGGUGGAUUUGCACACGUUGGUUGAAGAGAACGCCACGCUUAUUCUUGCAGGGGAUGCCUUGCGUUAUGUGUAUGUAGCACCAAAGCGAUACGUGCAUAUGGUGCAUCUUGCACUGCAGGAUGAUCUUUCACGAUGCUUCUGUCAUUUUUACUUGCAACAACAGUUCUUGACUGGGGGGGAUCUUGACGCCGAAACGGUGGUGCCUGAAAGGCGUGACGUAGAUGCGUGCAAAAUGAGUUACUUCUCGCUGCUUCCAGGGUUCAACGACGUCCCGGAAGAACUCGCCGUGCACUUCACUGCGACGUGGUCGAUGCCGUCACGUGAUUAUAAAAAGAAUCCUUCUGGGCAUGUGACACAGUUGACGUUGCCGCAGGGAUGUUUCACUGGACUGCAGCGUGUCCUGGCGAAGCUCGCAGGACGCUCCGGGAAUCAUCCACUGCGGCGGUGCACUGUCUUUCUUGGAAUUCAUCCGUCGAGCAUGAUGAAGGACCCGUCGAAUGUGCUUUCGUUCAAUACGCGUUUAUGCGGUGUGAUGUGCGGUUUGGCCAUUGUUGUGCUUGUAAUAAGCGGCCUAAUGGUGCUGGUGACAGUCCUGUUCAUGAGCUGCAGGCGAUGGAAUGCCGAGUAUGGGAUGGACGAGGAACUGGGGCAGGCCGGCGCAGUCGAUGGCGUCAUUAGCUCUGACCACACGAGGCGCGGCAGUCUUUCGAGGUGUCGUUUGAACGAGGGCCCGGAGAGGAAAAUGCCGGAGGAGUCGCAGCUGCGAAAAGCAGGAGCAGCAUCCGGGAGACGUGCAUCCAGGGCCCCUGCGGUGGGAUUUCGGUGA